CCGCCCUCCAGCUCCUCCCGCCACCGCCGCGAUGCUGCUGCUGUGGCGGUCGCGCUGCUUGGGCCGGGCGCUGGGCCGUUCGGUGCGCACCCUCCGGCAGGGCAACUGUACUCUGGCAAGGCGCUCCCUGUCUGGUGUGGCUGGCAGCCAGGGACUGGCCUACAUUGACAGCAGGAAGCUCAUAGUAAAUAGCUCCAGUGUCUUCACUGUCCGUUACUUCAGAACCACAGCAGUACAUAGGGAUGACGUGGUUACGGUGAACACCCCAGCUUUUGCAGAGUCAGUCACAGAAGGAGAUGUCAGGUGGGAGAAAGCUGUUGGAGACACAGUGGCGGAAGAUGAAGUGGUGUGUGAGAUUGAAACAGACAAGACAUCAUUGCAAGUUCCAGCCCCAGCAGCUGGUGUGAUUGAAGCCCUUUUGGUACCUGAUGGUGGCAAAGUGGAAGGGGGGACACCUCUGUUCAAACUCAGGAAAACUGGAGCUGCUCCUGCCAAGGCCAAACCAGCAGCAGCCCCUCCUCCUCCUCCUGCAACACCUGAACCUGUAGCUGCAGCUCCUCCUCCUCCUGCUGCAGCACCAAUUCCAACUACAAUGCCACCAGUGCCACCUGUGUCAGCUCAGCCCAUUGACAGCAAACCAGUGUCUGCAGUGAAGCCGGCUGCAGCUCCAGUGGCAGCCCCUCCUGGGGAGGCAGUGCCCAGCAAAGGUGCCAGAUCUGAGCAUAGGGUGAAAAUGAAUAGGAUGCGUCAGCGUAUCGCCCAGCGGCUGAAGGAGGCUCAGAACACUUGUGCCAUGCUGACCACUUUCAAUGAGAUCGAUAUGAGCAACAUCCGGGAGAUGAGAGCUGUACACAGGGAUCCUUUCCUGAAAAAGCACAACCUGAAAUUAGGUUUCAUGUCAGCUUUUGUGAAAGCUUCAGCUUUCGCUCUGCAGGACCAGCCUGUUGUGAAUGCAGUAAUUGAUGACACGACCAAAGAGAUUGUGUACAGGGACUAUGUGGACAUCAGUGUAGCUGUAGCAACUCCCCGGGGUCUUGUGGUCCCUGUCGUUAGGAAUGUAGAAAAUAUGAACUUUGCUGACAUAGAGCGAGCUAUCUAUGAGUUGGGGGAAAAGGCACGGAAGAACGAACUGGCUAUCGAAGACAUGGAUGGCGGCACUUUCACAAUCAGCAAUGGAGGGGUUUUCGGGUCACUCUUUGGGACACCUAUCAUCAACCCACCGCAGUCUGCUAUCUUAGGCAUGCAUGCCAUCUUUGACAGGCCUGUGGCUGUGGGAGGCAAGAUCGAGAUCCGGCCCAUGAUGUACGUGGCACUGACCUACGAUCACCGGCUGAUUGAUGGCAGAGAGGCAGUGACUUUCCUGCGCAAGAUCAAGGCAGCGGUGGAGGAUCCCCGCGUGCUGCUACUCGACCUGUAGAGCAGUCACACCCCCCACACAACCCACCCAGGGCAUAGACGCAGCACCAGCAGGGGCACAACGCAGGGCAUUCAGGGACUGGCUGGGGUCAUUCCAGUCUCCCUCCCACCCCUGAGAUCAGAGAUGUCCCAGAGGGAACUGGGAGGAUAGCUCCUACCUCCUUUCCUGUUCUGUUUAACGGAUGGUUCAGCCUCUCACUAGGAUUGCUGUGCAGUGGGCCGACCGCUGAACGGCACUGCCUUUUUGGAGCCAUCUGUGUGGCAUCCUCUCCCUCAUGGCACCAAACUCUCACCUCUAGCUUGUCCAAUACCACUGGAAAGUGCUUGCUGCUGCUGUGCUAGGGUAUCCUUUCCUGCCACUCCAGAGUGGGUUCAGCUUUAUUUCCUAGCACUGAGGUUCUGGGAGGGGAGGGAGAGGAAAGGCUACUGUUCUGUCCCCGUUUUGCUUGAAAAUAUAUCACACUCAUCUGCCUUGCAAGGGCAGCCUGGGUUCCCCCAGGCCAAUUUCAGCAGAAUUUUUGAUCAGAGCAGUGCUGAGGUAGGUGUUGUGCCCCUGGCAGUGCUCUAAUUACACUCCCUCCACGGACUGGAAUGCAGUGGUUGCAUCUCCCCUGCUUUUCCUUGGAGAUCAUCUGUCUCUCUCUAGCCUGGCCACUGAGACAUGAAUGUUCCUGGCCAAGUAGGCAGAGCCCAUGAUCCCUGUGGAGGCAGCACUGUUCCUGGGGAUGGGAGGCCACCCUUUCACCAUGACAUGCCCAACACUAGGCUAAGACAGCCCGCAGCAGCUGUCCUUGAAUCACAGCGUACUGAUGGAUGGGUCUGCGUGUGAGGGCUUGGCCUGCUACCAGCAGAGAGCUGCGGGGGGGGGAAGGGAAGGCUGGUCUGCAAGUGUAAUGUAUAUCCCAGCCCAAGGCUGCUGGUUUUGGGGGGAGGGGGGACAGUCCUUAAUCUGAUAGCGCACACAUGUAAUGGAGAGUGAGGGGGUUGCUAGUGCCUGCAGAGUCUAUUACUCUUACCCUCUACACUGAACUUGUAACUAAAAUAUUUAACACAGCGGAUUUUAAAUGAAAUAAAACUGGUCAACAACUGCAA